CAUGGACACAAUUCCAAGUUUCCAACUACCAAACAAACCUGGAAUGGAAACUGGAAAGUGCAAGAGAGAGAAAAUGUGGUUAGCUUCACGGGAAAAUAACUUAGUACUUGCUAGAAGGAACAAGCAUUUAUUCCUCUGGGGACCAAUCCUGUCUAAUUCAAGGAAAUCAUUUCACUCACUCUAAUGGCCAUACAAAUUUCCUGGUUUUUGAAAGACCAGCAAAUGCAUCUAUAAUCGUCAUUCAUGGCAGUUUCUCCACCUCAGAACUCUUCAACUACCUGAAACUCCUUGUCUUUUUUCUUCUGCUUCUUCUUUGUUUCCUUGUCCUUUCCCUCUGCAAGUAACCACAACAGUAUAGCAUACACAACACCUUGUCUCCGGCAAAUAGUUUCUUUUGAUUCAGAAAUGGCAGCAAACUCCAAUACCCAGUUGCUGGAAGAGCUUGAGUCACUUAGCCAAUCCCUCUUCCAAACUCAUAUAUCUACCACCAAACGUAGAACUGCCUCCUUUGCAGCUCCAAGAACUUCAGUUCCAUUCAUAUCUGCUGUAGAUGAGAUCAAAACAGCAAAAAAUGAAGAGAAAUCGAAUGCUAGAUCGCGUUCCAGGCGCAUGUCCUUGUCUCCAUGGCGUUCAAAGCCAAACCUUGAUGAUGAGGAUGAGCUGAAGGACCAAGGAAAGGUAGCGAGUCAGCCACAAAUCAAGGGUGUUGAGGAAACUACUAUAGAAAAGAAGGGGAUUUGGAACUGGAAACCAAUACGAGCUCUUUCACAUAUUGGGAUGCAGAAACUCAGUUGUUUGUUUUCAGUUGAAGUAGUGACAGUGCAAGGCCUUCCAUCAUCCAUGAAUGGGCUGCGUCUUUCUGUCCGUGUUAGGAAGAAGGAAACCAAGGAAGGCGCUGUUAACACAAUGCCAUCGAGGGUUUCACAGGGAGCCGCUGAUUUCGAAGAGACCUUGUUUGUAAAGUGUCAUGUGUACUGCACUCCUCCUGGCAAUGGAAAUCAAAUGAAAUUUGAAUCGAGACCAUUUUGGAUUUAUGUCUUUGCAGUUGAUGCAGAAGAGCUUGAUUUCGGACGAAGUUCUGUCGACUUGAGUCACCUGAUUCAGGAAUCAAUACAGAAAAGCUUUGACAAUUCUCGUAUUCGACAAUGGGACAUGAGUUUCGAUCUAUCAGGAAAGGCAAAAGAAGGAGAACUUGUCCUCAAAUUGGGAUUUCAGAUUAUGGGAAAAGAUGGAGGUACUGGUAUUUAUACUCAGGCAGAGGGAUUGAAGUCGAAUAAGUCAAAAUAUUCAUCAACUUCUUUCGGCCGUAAGCAGUCAAAAACAUCCUUUAGCAUCCCUAGUCCAAGGAUGACAAACAGAAGUGAAGCAUGGACUCCUUCAAUGACAAAAGCUGCCGCAGAUCUUCAGGGAAUGGAUGUCUUGAAUCUAGACGAGCCAGUUCCGGUUCCUGCGCCUGCCCCGCCAGUGAAAAAGUCAGAAAAAGUAGAACCAAAGAUGGAAGAUGAUAUCCCAGACUUUGAAGUUGUGGAUAAAGGAAUUGAGAUUCAAGAGAACGAAGAGACUGGUGAAGAUUCAUCUGAAGCAAACACUGAUGUAAAGUCAGCAUCAAGUGAGGUAGUUAAGGAGAUUGUGCAUGAUCACUUACAUCUGGUCAGAUUAACAGAGCUUGACUCAAUUGCUCAGCAGAUAAAAGCUCUUGAAUCAAUGAUGGGGGAGGAAAGAACAGCAAAGAUGGAAGAUGAAACUGGAUCACAAAGACUGGAUGAAGAGGAAGAAACAGUGACAAAGGGAUUUCUUCAAAUGCUUGAGGAAGAAGAUGCUUUUGGAUUCAAGCUCAAUGAUCCUGAAAUUACCCUCCUGCAGCUUGACGGAGCUGAUAAUUCAACAGAAGCUGAAUCAAAAGUGCAUCUUCCGCAAACGAGGGAUGGGGGCUAUUUGGCUGCCAUGAAUCCUACGGAUACUUUAGUUGAAAGGAAAGACACUCCAAGGCUAGCAAUGCAGAUGUCCAAACCUAUGGUUAUCCAAUCACAUAAUUCCGCAAAUGGGUUUGAACUAUUUCAAAAUUUGGCAGCCAUUGGACCUGAAGAGUUCAGCUCCCAAAUUUUCUCAUUGAUGCCAAUGGAUGAGCUGAUAGGUAAGACCGCAGAACAGAUAGCUUUUGAAGGCAUUGCAUCUGCCAUCAUCCAGGGAAGAAACAAAGAAGGUGCUAGUUCUAGCGCAGCACGUAUCAUUGCUGCGGUUAAAAACAUGGCAACUGCAAUGAGUACUGGCAGGAGCGAGAGAAUCUCAACAGGAAUUUGGAAUGUGAAAGAAAAUCCACUUAGAGCGGAGGAAAUUUUGGCAUUCUCAUUGCAGAAGAUUGAGGCAAUGGCAGUGGAAGCCUUGAAAGUUCAGGCAGAUAUGUCAGAGGAAGAUGCUCCCUUUGAUGUUUCUCUGCUCAGCGAAAAAGGUCAUGAUCGACCCCUGGAUUCUGCUGUUCCACUUGAGGAUUGGAUCAAAAGAUACAGCUUGAUUAAUCCCCAAGAAGAAGCAGGGGAACCAACAACAAUCUUCCUAGCAGUCGUUGUCCAGCUACGGGAUCCAUUAAGACGAUAUGAGGCAGUUGGAGGCCCAGCGGUGGCGCUUAUUCAUGCUAGAUAUGCCAACACAAAAUUGGACAAGUAUGAUGAGGAAAAGAGAUUCAAAGUGACAAGUUCCCAUAUUGGAGGGUUGAAGGUAAGUACGGGAGGAAAGAAAAAUCUUUGGGACAGUGAGAGACAGAGGCUCACCGCCAUGCAGUGGCUUGUUGAAUAUGGGUUAGGAAAGGCAGGAAAAAAGCGAAAACCUGUGUUAUCAAGAGGGCAAGAUUUGCUAUGGAGCAUAUCCUCGCGAGUAAUGGCUGACAUGUGGCUUAAAGCAAUGAGAAAUCCAGAUGUACGGUUUGCAAACUGAAAUGAGACUUUCCAUUCGGCUCUUAAAACCUGGAGUAACAUUCUGAUCUGCAUUCCGGCAAUGAAAGGUUAGAGCGAAACAAAUAUUGUUAUGUGCACACAUACUCUGUUGCCUUACAAUAGUAGGCUAGUAGCAAUAAUUUUUCCUAGGAAACCUUUACUAAACAAGGAUUUCAAUGUAUAUGAUCUGAUGCAGGUGCAAGUAGCUUUGCAAAAAUAUGUUUGUAAUGGAAAAACAUUCUCAGUUCAGUACUAGAAUUGAUCUACACUUUCCCAUAUUUAUAAUUUAACACAUGUCAAGUGUAAAAGAAGAAGAGAUAAUGCUAGAUCAUGGUCAGAUGCGGGCUUUUUAUUCAUUAUAUACAACCAUCAGUUUUAGGCAGGCGCGCACACACACAGAGACACAAGACGAGUUGGAGGUUUUCAAUAGUAAAUAAACAACACUUGUGCACAAGGCUCUCGCUGUGGCGGGUCAAGGAUAGACAAGAUGUACGUAUAUCACACCGCCACAUAAUAUGUGGAGAGUAUGUUUCCAUGAAUUAUACUUGUGACCUCUAGGUUGCACCCCCGCAACUCUGUCAUUAGGCCACAUGGUAGCCGUUCAAGAAAGUCAUGGCAAGUUCUCAUUCUCAUAGCCCCAAGAACCAACAGAACUAGCAGCAUCAAUAUGCUUUCUAUUAUCUUCUAGUUAACUGUUAAUCUCAUCCAACAUUCUAAAAAUGAACUUGAUUCGCGGGGGAUUAGUGUCAUAUGCAGGGAACACAUCCAGGAUUCUUGUGGAUUCAUCUUCAUUUCAUCAAUUUUCUCACACCGGCAACACCUUCAAAUUUACAAGACUCUGAGUAUAUAUUUAUCAGUAAAACAUAACUUCGAGAGCUUUCCAAUCCAACUCACGUAACUUCCUCAAAGAACAUUACAAUGGAUUCGACGAGCACCAAGCAAAGCUCCCCAAAUUGGAUUUCUCCAAUACCAUCACAAGCCUUCAUUGCACCAAGAGGGACGAAAACCUCUACAUUGUCCCCUAAUUUCCUAUUACGAAAAUAUCCAGACAUAAUUGCAUUUCGUGCAUACAGAAUCUCUCGUAUGCAUUUUAUCAAACAGUUCCUCUGCUACCCUCAU